GAAAGAAAGAGGUAAGAAGGAAAGAAUUGAGAGAGUGAAUUUCUUGCAAUUUUUAUGAGAAAAAUAAAAGAAAGACAAGAGAAAACACUCGAGUGGGUAGAAGAACAAGCCGAGAGAAAUGAUGUUAUAUUUUGAAGGUUAAACUGCCCUAAAACUGAGAAGCUUGAUCAGAAGACUCAAACCUAAAGUUGAAUAGGUUUGAUAUGUUGAAUGAUGAAGGGGGAGAAUGUAAUUGUAAUCCGUUUGAUUAUUUGCCAUAAAAGUGCAGUUUCAAAGUUGUACGAGACUAUUCUUGCAGAGAGAUUGUAUAACCUAUUUAUGAGGUGUCAAGUGCCUUCAAAGAAACAGGCUCAGUGAGUGUUGUGUCAUUGUCAUUCUCUAUAGUCACUACAGAGUACAAGCAUUACAGUAUCAACUUACAGAUUUUUAUCAAGACUCAGCCAUAACAUGAAAUGGACAAGUAAAGCUGUGAAUUGGAUCCGUUUCUUGAGUUCAAAGUUGAAAGAGAAGAAAUGGCUGGGCAAUCGAACCAUGAACUCUCACUCUUUUCAGCAGAGGAGCUUGAAUUCAUUGCUGAGGAUGAGAUCGUUGACAUCGUUCCUAAUCUCAAAAUGGAUCCUCUCUGCCUAGUUUCUGGAGAUUUUGGUCCAUUUACGCCACAGAUUGUUACUCAAGUACCACUUUGGUUGGCAAUUGCUCUCAAGAGGAGAGGCAAGUGCUCCAUUGUCCCUCCCCAAUGGAUGUCUGUUGAGAAGUUGACACAAGUGUUGGAAGAAGAGCGAGACUCUCAAGAGAUGUCAGAGCAUUUGCCAUUUCAUUAUGUAGAAAUUUCAAGACUUCUUUUUGACCAUGCACGUGACAACAUUCCUGAUGCAUACAUGGUGAGGUCUUUAAUUGAGGACAUCAGAGAUGUAAGGUUUCAUAAAGUUGAGACUGACUUGGAAGGAUUCAAUGGUUUUACAAUAGCUGUGAAGAUUAAAAAUUUAUCUGCAAUGGAAGUGAAUAUUGUUCGUCCAUUUAUUGGAAGAGCUUUACAAGCAUUUUACAAGCAUGAUUCUCCAGAGUUAAUCCCAGACCCAGAGCGAGUUUCUGAAAGACGACCGCAAGUUGCCCAGAAUGCCCCUAGAAGGCAACUACGAAGAUAGUUAUGUAUAACUUGUUUGGCAACAUCACUUCUAGAUUGGUAAAUCUGAUUGGCUACAGAUGUGCAUCUUUUCCUAAGAAGUACCUGAGAUAUCUUUGUAAAAUAGGUUAGCUUGUGACUUUAAGUUGAAUCUUCAGAAAAUAAUGUACUGCAAUUUUUUUCUUAUCUGUUGGUUAAGAAUUAUGAAAUGAAAUCACACUUUAUGUAGUUAAUUUUAUGUAUUUAAUUUGUAUACACCAUCCGUGUAAUGUUUUUAUGCAGAUGUUCAAUCAAAUUACUCAAAGUUGUUUUUUAA